UUCCUAACUUAAAAAAAUAUAUGAGUGUGAGCCCUAUUGAUUUAGUUUUUCUCCUCCUUGGCUUCAGCAAAGUCGGCAACAUUCCUUGAAGACUAAAGGCUCCUCUUGGCAGCACAGAUUUACUUGCAGGUUAUAUUAUAUAUAUACUCAGCAUUUAGCAGGCUGUUGAAAUUAUGGCCAAGCAUCAUCCUGAUUUGAUUAUGUGCCGGAAACAGCCUGGAAUUGCCAUUGGAAGACUUUGUGAGAAAUGCGACGGCAAGUGUGUCAUAUGCGACUCUUACGUGCGUCCUUGUACACUUGUCCGGGUUUGCGAUGAAUGCAACUAUGGAUCAUUUCAAGGUCGCUGCGUAAUAUGUGGAGGGGUAGGGAUAUCUGAUGCCUACUACUGCAAGGAAUGCACACAGCAAGAGAAAGAUAGGGAUGGCUGCCCCAAAAUUGUUAAUUUAGGGAGUGCCAAAACCGAUCUAUUCUAUGAACGCAAAAAGUAUGGCUUUAAGAAACGAUGAUGGGCGUGUAAUUCUUUUUUUUCCUCCCAAUAUUUGUCUCUUUUCCCUAAACUUAUCAUAAAUUCAUAACCAUGGGAUUUGAGAGCUUGAGCACAGACUAUUAUGUUGCAAAAUUGUUUGUAAUGUAAGUGCAUGACUAGUGUACCACUCACGGAUCACACAAUACAAUUGCUGGGAAUUUAAACUC